CAAGCAUUGCGGAGUAAGGUUAUUGAAGAGAAGAGCAAUGUAUAAUGGAGAGCUUUGCGAUAUAUGCGGGUGUAUUUAUGUCUAAUUAUAAAAUUGGACAGCUUAUUAAAAACGAUGUAAUUUUUCUUUUUCAUAUGUAACUGUGCACAAUUACUAAUAAUUAAAAAUGGAUCCAUGGCCUCAGCAAAGAAAGGAACCGAAAGCACCAGAUAAGAGCAUUGAAGCCCUUAAUAAUAAGGACAGUAACAUUAUAAUGAAAAUAAAAUCAGAGUCAUCCUAUGCAACCUGUGGAAAAACAGAUAACUACACUCCAAGAGUUUUGGCGCCUAAUAAAGAUUCUUCAAUAUCGUCACUGAAUGAGCCUGAUUUAAAGGCACUUUUAGAAGAAGCCAUGGCUUAUAAACGUCCUAAAGAUAUUCAAGGAAAAAGUGAUUUAUUUAAGGAGUUACUACAUUCAGUUGAAGCAGAAAAAAAGUUUACAGCCCUCUCACGCCCUGAAAAACCAAAUAAUAGAAAACCUAGGAGGAAACAGAUGAAUAAAAAGGACAUUGAUAAAACAACAAAUGAAGGCCCAUUUCAAGAUCUAAUUGUUCAUGUUAGCAGUGAUUCUGAUGGUCCUCCGAAACGACCAGUCAAAUAUUCUUUGAAAUGUCCUUCAAGUUUACCUCAAGUUGUUCCUGUUAGUGCUGUAACAGUUUGUGAUGAGAACAAUCCUGAAAUAGCUGCUCUACUUCAGAAUGGUAGUUUUGAUAAUCUUGAACAACUUCAACAAUACAUAGCCAAAGAAGCUAAUGUUUAUCAGCUCAAAGAACCUGUAGAUGCACGUGUUGGAUUUCCUUUAACCAUAAGUCCUUAUGCUGAGAAGAAACAGGAUGAUAACUUUGUACAGUUGGGACUGAACAGUGGUACAUCUCCAUCAUAUCCACCAAAAGAUACUGCUGAUGCAUCAAUUGUUUCUAAGGAGUGUCUUUCGGAUUCUAAAAAAACCAUUGAUGAAAAUGGCAAUUCAGUGGGAACAUCUAGAAUGGACAGUUUAGCAGAGAGGAAGGCAAAAGCUAGAAGAUUAAAGGCUAAAAAUGACAAAAAUACCAUUCUGUCACAACAUAUUGAAGGCCAUCGUAGUGAUAUAGCCCAAGACAUAGAUGCUUUGAUGAAAUAUAUUGAAUCACCUAACAUUGAUGGUUCCAAAUCCAGGCCUAGAAAUGUCAUGAGCUUCAGUAAACAUAGUAAUCGUGUUUCUCAUAAAAUUGGACAGAUUAGAGAUAAAAGUAGUGACACAUUUUCUGGUAAAAUACAGAAGCAUAAGGAAAAUAAGCUACAAAAAAGUAGUAGCUUAGAAGAAGUUUCUAUUUCUAAAUUUGAAGAUCUUACAUUGAAUAAGAAAUCAGCAGAAUCUUCUAAAGAUGUUCAACAUCGAAGUGAUAUCAAAGCGUUCAGUUAUUUAUCUCAAGAAAUUACCACUAGUUUUGACAUUAAGUCACCAAAAAAAGAAGUUCCUUUUCAGCAAGAUAGGCUUGAAUCAGAAGUGUUUGAUGCUGAUUUCUUACCUGUAACUAAAAAGUCCAGAAAGAAAAAAAAUGUAUGUGAAAAUCAUAUUAGAAAUAAAAUUAGCAAAAUCAAUGUAGGCUUUCGAGGUGAAAAAAUACUAGGUUCUUACAUAGGAAAAUCUCAAGAUUUAGAAAGUUUUACUGUAUCUACCAGAGAGUUCCAAAGGAGAAAAUCUAUAUCUUCUGUUCCAUCAUCAGAUAAAUCAGGUGAUACAUCUGACAUGGAUAGUGUUCAUUCUUUUCCUGUAUCAUCAAAUAAGGGGAGAGCUAUAAAAAACAAUGUAUCUGCUUCUGUGGGUUCAACUCCUCAGAUAUCUUAUGCAGAUAUGGCACGAUCUGUGCCAUCACCAUUGAGAACCUAUAAUGAACCGAUUAUUAAUGAAUCUAAAAACAAAAUAUUUGUGGAUUCUUCUUUGGUAAGUGAUGAAAACUUUCAACAGUUGUCUCUAUCUGAUGCUAUACCUACAGUUGUAGUUCAGUUACCAGCUAAAAAACAUUUGGGAGGUAGUGUACAUAACUUAAAAGAUGAAUAUCCUCCUCUUUUUGCCGAAAUGUGUGACAAAGCUUAUUCAUGUAAGGACAUGUUUGUAGAGUAUACAGUGGUAGUUCCUAAAAGGAGCUCUUCUAUUCCUGAAUCUAAUUGUGUAAAUGUAGAAGAGACUGUGUUAAUUGAUAUGCCUUCACUAAAAAGUGAUGCACCUGCUCUGGAAGGCUUAAAUUUAGCUUUAGAUAAUAAAUUACCUACAAAGCGCCCACCUGUGAUUUUAAUGAAUAGUAAUGCUAAUGACUCUAAUGAUGUAAAUGACUUAGUGUUUGGUUUUGAAGUUAAUGAACAACUUUUAUGCAGUUCAAAUACAGAAUUAAUGAAAAGUAGUGAUAUAGUUUGUAAUAAUAAUGUUGACAACCGAAUUUGUGAAAAAAAAUUAUCAGUGGACCAAACUUUUAGUGACUCUUCAAAUGGUAUGAAUACAGUAAUAAGAGAUGAUGAUUCUAAUCAGAUUAAUCAAGAAAAUUUUGUUGAAAUUGUGGAGUAUAUUUCCAAAGAAUGGGACUUAAUAAUAAAAGAAUGGGAAACAUCAUCUGAAGAAAAGAAAGACAAAGUUCAAUAUUUUACACCAUAGUCAUUUAUUUUUCCCUCCUAAAAUUUAAUGUUUUAGUUUUUGUGAAAGUAUAAAAUCUGUUCACUAAUAAAAAAUCAACACCUAUAUAAUGUUUGUCCAUUAUUUUUUAUAAUUAUUUUUAUAUUCAAAUUAUGUUCAUUCAAUUUAGUAUUUAUGGUUAUGCAUUCCAAAAAGUAAAUAAAUAAAAUAAAAAGUACAUAUAUUCUGCAUAUGUACAUACUUACAUAUAUGCAUAUAUUAGAAAAAAUAUUGAAUUAAAAAAAAAAAAACUCUUUAAUAUCAUUGUAUCAAAAUCCAGCUUAAAAUGUAAAGUUACAUAAGAUGUGCACAGCAUGUUGAUCAUUAUUUAUUUUAUUUUAUUCCCCCACACUCAUUUAUAGCAAAAUCAGUUUCAUAAAUACAUAAAAUACAAUUUUAAUUGUAUUACUUAUUUAGUUAUUAAUGAAGAUAAGUAUUGUUCAAAGUUUCUCUAAAUCACUACAUCAGGAUAUCAGUAUAUACCAUCAUCAACUUAGCCAUUUCUAUCCUGCAUUAUGUAUUUCUAAUCUAAAAGUAAUUGGUUUUAAGUUUACUAAUGGUUUGGUAGAAGCUUUUUGACUAGUCAUUAAUAAACAAAAAACAUAGGUUGGUAUACAUGUGUGUGUGUGUGUGUGUGUGUGUGUGUGUGUGUGUGUGUGUGUGUGUGUGUGUGUGUGUGUGUGUACAUAUAUAUAUAUAUAUAUAUAUAUAUAUAUAUAUAUAUAUAUAUAUAUAUAUAUAUAUAUAUAUAUAUCUGUAUGUAUAUAUAUGUAUUUGUAUAUAUAAAGUAUUUUUUGUUUUAUUACACAAUUUAAUAUAUAUUCACACAUAGUGGUGAAUAAUGUCUUUAUGUAAUAUAUAAAUUUGUAAAGAAUGGUUUUAUACUUCCACUAAAACAUUAAUUUGUAUGAAUUAAGUAAUUCAAUAAACUCUUCCUAUUUUGUAGGCUGUUUGGGAUGUGAAUGUUACCUUAAUUUGUUUAAGUUAAGAAAUAACUUAAUUUAAUAUGGUUUAUUUAGGUCUAAAUCAGGUUUUAAUUGUUUUGAAGUAAAGAUAAUUUAACUGCAUUAAAAUUCAAAACAAAAUUGAUUAGUAAGCCACAUUUAAUCAUUUAAUUUAUAGUUAAUGUGAAUAUGUUAUGAUUUUAGUGCUAAUAAAUUAUCUAUUUGAAAUUAGUAAAAUAUUUUUAUUUUUUCUUUCUCUGAAACAUUAGAUUUUCACUUUAGUUUCCUGGUUGACAGUGUUAGUUUGUCAGUCUUAUUAAGUAUACUCAGAGCGGAAAAAGAUAUUUUAUAAAUAAUUUUGCACAUUGCACUUAAAAUUGUAUAGAUCUCAUUUGAAUUAAAAUAGGAAGAGUAAAUUAUUGAAAUGUGAUGUGUGCUGAAAUGUAAAAGCAAUGUUAAUAAACUUGUAAGAUGAAAUUUGUAUUACCAUUAUUCCUGUAUCUGUUGUGGCCAAAGAUAAUUAAUUAUAUUUAUUGUUAUGUAUUAUAUAUUAUUAUUAUCUGAUUAUUAUUAUUAUUAUUAUUAUUAUUGUCAUUAUUAUGUGUGUAUAUGUGUGAUUACUGAUGGGUGAAGAAAUUUUGCUGAAGAUAGAGGCAUUUUCAAGUCUUCUAUACUUCUGUGAUUUUUAUAUUGUACAGAUAUGGAUGAGAUUUGUGCCUGUUAGUAUGUAUUGAGAUUUUUUUAUUGUGAUAAGUAUGUUGCUUUAGUACACACAGGUAUGAAAACAAAUACCAUAAAGUCACCUUAAAACAUACCAACAGAAGACACACAUCACAUCAACUUUAGCAUGCAUACACACACUCACACACUCGCAAUGAAAAAUCUUGAAAAAAUUUUAUGCACUUUUAUUUUUAUUAUUAUUCAUUUAUUAAAAAAGUAAAUAUCUCAUUUGUGAAUGGAUCUGAGUACAUAUAUACACAUACAGUAAUAUAUAUAUAUAUAUAUAUAUAUAUAUAUAUAUAUAUAUAUAUAUAUAUAUAUAAACAUAAAUCUUUUUAUUUCUAAUAUCAAUUUAAAAAAUCACACUCAAGGCUCCUUUAUUUUUUCAACUGUAUAUUGUUCCUAAGUUUUACCAUUAAAAUUUGUAUCUAAUUAUAUAGUAUUAAUACACAACUGUAAAUACAGAAUGCAGAUAAAAAAUUAAGGACUUGGCUGAAAGGCCGUACAAUCUUUAAAUAUAAAUGCAUUCCCCUCCUCACUUUCUUCCUCUGCAGAUGUAUAAAUAUAAAAUACAUUAAUUUAAAAUUUUAUAAAAUUCAUUUAACAUUUAACAGUUAAUAUUAACUUCUUCUCUUCGAGGCACAGCUCUAUCCGUCUCGCAUUAGUGGGAUUCCGUUUUGAUGCAGUCUUAAAAUUGAAUUGUUACAUCAAUUAAAAAAAUCACUUUGAAGACUCAUUUAUUUUAUCAAGUGUAUAUCAUUCCUAAGUUUAUAUAUAUUUAUAAGUAUUGGAAUCAAAACUUCUGUGGUGUAUAAGUACCUUUGUCCAUGCUCUCUCUCUCACACACACGCAAGCACACACCAAUAACUUAGAACAAUAACAAGGAAAAAAAACAGAGGGGAAAAAAAUUAUAAAUAAAAAAAAGAAAGAAACAAUGAAUACCUUACAACACAUUCAUCUUUUUCUUAAUUUCUAUUUUAUUUUACUUCAUCUCUCCCUUGCUCUAUUGUAUAUAUGUUAGAAUAUGUAAUAUUUAUGUAAAAUAUGUGGUUAUAUUUGAACUUAAGAUUAGUAAAUCUUUACUCAUUAUAUUCAUUUGUAAAAUAAACUACCUUUCAUUAAUUUAUCCCCCAUUCAUACAUCUAAGCAAUUAAUAUAUUUAUUUUGUAUUUCUCUGAAUAUUCUUAUUCUGAAACAAGAACUGUUAUAAGUGUAUUGAUUGUGAAAUUGUAUUGGGGCAGGGAAUCGUGAGGAUACUGAUAAUGAAAGACUGAUGCAUAGAAGAAACAAAAUAAGUGUGUGGUAGUGCUUUUUUUUGUAUGUGUGUGUGUGUGUGUGUGUUUGAAUAUGUAAAGUGUAUUUUACAAAUGGUUCCAUAUUUAAAUUGUUUCACAAUUUUAAAAAAAUAAUCUCUUAGUUUUUACUAUUUAUUUAAAGAACUGAAUUAGAAAAAAGGUGUUUAUUUAAAAAACCUUCCCUUCAAAUUGCAGGAUGUAUUCAUAUUCCAUUAUUAAUUUUAAUGGAAAUGCUGUCAACUUUACAAUGUGGAAAAAAUGAAUAAACUAAAAAAGAUAGCUUAUUACCAUGUUAAGAAAAGUAUAGCUGUAAAAUAUUUUUGUAUUUAUCAUUGAUGCUCUUAUUUUUAAGUGCAUUUAAAAAUUCAUACAUAUAUACUAAAUCAUGGUACAGCUCCCCAACUGUGCUGCUAAUGUUGAAUGCUUCUGAAUAAUUUGCAAUCAGAUUAUAAUGGCAUAAUGUAACAAUACAUUAAUGCUUUAAAUUAAUAACUUUUAUACAUUCAUUGAUUAUUUUUCUAAUUCAAUAAAAACGUUUAUAAACUGUCAUAUUAUAUAUAUUUUAGUAAACUACAUACAUUGAAGCACACUUGGAAUUUCUGAUUAUUAUGUUUUCAAAAUUUUAUUUUUCUUCUUGUAGUAAUAAAUGUUCUUGUAGAGCAUAUUUGGCAUAUUAAUUGGCCAAGGUUGUAACAUUCCUGUGUGAUAUUACGCGCUUAAGUUUAAUUUUCAAUCAUGUUUACAAUUAAUAAAGAAUGUUAUUAAAGUUGUUUUUAUGCCAGUUCAUAUUUUAUUUUAAAAAUUAUGUUGUAUCAAAUAAAAAAUGCAGAUGAAUCCUCAUCAAAACA